ACUAGUGUGGAAUGAUCCAAGCCUAUCGGAGAGGUAAAACGCGUAGCGGACAACACUUCCUAGCAUCACUGCCAGAUUGUUUUGGGUCAGGUUUUAAAGGCAGUGCCUUUUCCUGGCAAAGUUAUCGUUAUUGUCUUCUUCUGUCUGAUCUGCGCAAACACCAUGACAACACGUUUCAGAAGUGGACCAGCUUUUGGUUUCUCUGCUGAGGUCAAAAAUAAGCUGGCCCUGAAGUAUGAUCACCAGAAGGAGGAGGAGCUUAGGCUGUGGAUUCAUGAGGUGACUGGCCACCAACUUCCUGAAAAGUUCAUGGAUGGUUUGAAGGAUGGUGUGCUCCUAUGCAAGCUUAUCAACAUCCUGCAACCAGGCUCUGUGAAAAAGAUCAACAGCCCAACGCAGAAUUGGCACCAGCUGGAAAACAUUGGUCACUUCAUCCGUGCAAUCACAGAGUAUGGCCUCAAACCAGUUGACCUCUUUGAGGCCAAUGACUUGUUUGAAAAUGUUAAUCAUACUCAAGUCCAGAGCACACUCAUCGCAUUGGCUGGCAUGGCCCAGUCAAAAGGCUUCCACACCAAGUAUGACGUUGGGGUGAAGUAUUCAGAGAAACGGCAGCGGCACUUUGCACCCAACAAACUGAAGGAAGGACGCAAUGUUAUCGGACUGCAGAUGGGCACCAACAAAUUUGCUAGCCAGAAAGGCAUGACCGCAUAUGGUACAAAGCGCCACCUGUAUGACCCCAAGACUGGCAUGGAACACCCAAUGGACCAGUCUACCAUCAGUCUCCAGAUGGGAACCAACAAAGGUGCCAACCAGUCUGGUAUGUCAGCUCCAGGAACCCAGAGACAGAUUUUCGAUAAGAAGCUGGAUGUGGAGAUGUGCGACACCUCCACUGUGUCACUGCAAAUGGGCUCCAACAAAGGAGCUUCACAGACAGGCAUGACCGUGUAUGGGCUUCCCCGUCAAGUCUACGACAGCAAGUACUGCAACAACCCCGAGGAGUACAUCAACAAUGGAGAGGACAUCGAUGGCUACCAGUAUUCUGACUAAAAGAGAUGCCUUGUUGCAACUCAUAAUCCCCUACGUGCUUCUUUUUCCGAGCCUCAACAUAAACUAGUGAGGCCAGAGGACUUAAUUUUCCUUGUCCACAUAUAUACCAAGAUACAUUUGGAUGUUUCUUCCCUCAAAAAUCACAAGAUGAAAAGCAGGAGCUGCACUUCAAAAGAUUGCCAUGCCCCAAUUUAGAAUGCUGAAAAAAUGUUUACCAUAAAUUAUGUUUUCUAGAGUAUUUAUCCUAUAUUUAAUGUAAUUAAAGUCACUUUUAAAUAUUGUUUCGGUUACCAUCCUAGCUCCUAAAAGGUCUGCAAAGGGUUUGGCUCUUCAACAUAACUAUGAUUAGAUCCUUACUGAAGCACAUUGCUAUAGGAGCUUUUAAAUUGUUAUAGAAGUAUGGUGAUGAUGGAUGGACUUAUAAGCAGAUAAAAUCUCAAAUGACA